GGUACGCAGCCAGAGCCAAUAGGAUCUCGUCUUACAUAACCAGGCUAGGGAUGUCAGCCAGUCGGGGUAUAUAAAGGUACAGGAGGUCAGCAUCCGUAGAACAGCCCUGCAUCGCUGUUCUGACGUAGGUCUUGACUUAAGCGCGCACCAAGACCUCCCGGUUCAAGUCUCUGUCCUUUUGAUUCAGUUUCGCAUCUUCUAGAGACAUUGCCACAAGGGCGAGAGCUUUGACGAGACACCUGCAAGCAUGUCUGGCUUAGACGUUAACGACCCGGACUUCCAGUUCCUGGUGGUCGACCGGAAGAAGAUGAUGGCCGAGCAGACGCAGACGUUUGACGGCAAGAAGGCCUGCUGGGUGCCAGACCACAAGGAAGGUUUUCUGGCCGCGGAGAUCCAGAGCACCAAGGGCGAGGAGAUCACAGUCAAGAUCAACAAGAACAACGAGACCAAGGCCUUCAAGAAGGACGACAUCCAACAGAUGAACCCUCCCAAGUUCGAGAAGAUCGACGACAUGGCCAACAUGACCUACCUGAACGAGGCUUCUGUACUCCACAACUUGAAGAGCCGUUACAGUGCUGGUCUUAUCUACACCUAUUCCGGUCUUUUCUGCGUGGCCAUCAACCCCUACCGUCGUCUGCCCAUCUACACCCAGAAGAUCAUCAACGCCUACCGAGGCAAGCGAAAGGCUGAGAUGCCACCCCAUCUCUUCUCCAUCUCUGAUAACGCCUACCAAAACAUGUUGCAAGAUCGUGAGAACCAGUCUAUGUUGAUCACUGGCGAGUCUGGUGCCGGUAAGACUGAGAACACCAAGAAGGUAAUCAUGUACUUCGCCAACGUCGCCGCCGGUCAGCAGAAGAAGGGCGAAGAAGCCGAGGCUGAGGCCGCUGCCAAGAAGAAACAAGGCACACUAGAAGACCAGAUUGUACAGGCCAACCCUGUCCUUGAGGCCUACGGUAACGCCAAGACAACCCGUAAUAACAACUCUUCCAGAUUCGGUAAAUUCAUCCGUAUCCACUUCGGUACCCAAGGCAAGAUCGCUGGUGCUGAUAUUGAGACUUAUCUGUUGGAGAAGUCUCGCGUCACCUUCCAGCAACCAGCCGAGCGUAACUACCACAUCUUCUACCAGCUCCUGUCUCCUGCCAUCCCAACUCUCCACGAGAAAAUGUUGGUCGCCCCUGAUCCCGCCCUUUACGCCUUCAUCAACCAGGGCUCCUUGGUCGUCGACGGUAUUGAUGACGUAGAGGAGAUGAAAAUCACAGACGAUGCCUUUGAUGUUCUGGGCUUCACCGCCGAAGAGAAGGGCUCCCUCUACAAGUGUACCGCCGCCAUCAUCCACUUCGGUGAGAUGAAGUUCAAGCAGAGACCCAGAGAGGAGCAGGCUGAAGCUGAUGGAACAGCUGAGGCUGAGAAGGUUGCUUUCUUGUUGGGCAUCAACGCCGGAGACUUGUUGAAGGGUCUGCUGAAACCCAAGAUCAAGGUCGGUGCUGAGUACGUCACACAAGGCCGUAACAUGAACCAGGUCACCUACUCCGUGGCUGCCCUGGCCAAGUCCCUGUACGACCGUAUGUUUGGCUGGCUGGUCAAGCGUGUCAACAAGACACUGGACACCAAAAACAAACGUCAGUUCUUCAUUGGUGUGCUGGACAUUGCCGGUUUCGAGAUCUUCGACUUCAACAGCUUCGAGCAGCUCUGCAUCAACUACACCAACGAGCGUCUCCAGCAGUUCUUCAACCACCACAUGUUCAUCCUGGAACAGGAAGAGUACAAGAAGGAAGGCAUCGACUGGGAGUUCAUUGACUUCGGUAUGGACUUGCAGGCCGCCAUUGACUUGAUUGAGAAGCCCAUGGGUAUCUUGUCCAUCCUUGAGGAAGAGUGCAUGUUCCCCAAGGCUGACGACAAAUCCUUCUUGGAAAAACUCAACGGAAACCAUCUUGGAAAGUCCAAAAACUACGGCAAAGCCGGCAAGCCCAAGAAGGCCGGACAAGUUGAAGCCCACUUUGAGCUCCACCACUACGCCGGCAGUGUGCCCUACAACAUCUGCGGCUGGCUAGAGAAGAACAAGGAUCCCCUCAACGAGACUGUGGUCGAGCUGUUGGGUCACUCCAAGGAGGCUCUUGUUCAAAUCCUCUUCGCCCCACCCGAGGGUGCAGGCGACGACUCGGGUUCAGUGACCUCCAACAAAGUAGCCGCGCGCAAGAAGGGAGGAAGCUUCCAGACGGUGUCCAACAUGCACAAGGAAUCUUUGAACAAGCUGAUGAAGAAUCUGUACAGCACACAUCCCCACUUCGUGCGUUGUAUCAUUCCCAACGAGUUCAAACAGCCUGGUGAGAUCGACUCCCAUCUUGUGCUCCACCAGCUCCAGUGUAACGGUGUGCUUGAAGGCAUCCGUAUCUGUCGUAAGGGAUUCCCCAACAGGAUCAUCUACUCUGAGUUCAAGCAACGUUACUCCAUCUUGGCCCCCAAUGCCAUCCCUCAAGGAUUCGUCGAUGGCAAGAAAGUCACCGAGAACAUUCUGCUGGCUCUUCAGCUGGAUCCCCAGGAGUACCGUCUCGGUACCACCAAGGUUUUCUUCAAGGCCGGUGUCUUGGGUACCCUUGAAGACAUGCGUGACGAGCGUCUGUCCAAGAUUAUCUCCAUGUUCCAGGCCAACAUCAGAGGCUACCUGAUGCGUAAAUCUUACAAGAAACUCCAGGACCAGAGAAUUGGUCUCAGCGUCAUCCAGCGUAACAUCCGUAAAUGGCUGGGACUCAAGAACUGGCUCUGGUGGAGACUGUACGUCAAGGUAAAGCCCCUCCUCAACAUCGCCCGUGCUGAGGACGACAUGAAGAAGAAAGAGGAGGAACUCGAGAAGACCAAGACCGAGCUGGAGAAAACCGAGAAACUCCGCAAGGAAUUGGAGGAGCAGAACGUCGGACUUCUGCAGGCCAAGAACGACUUGUACAUCCAACUGCAAGCCGAGCAGGACAACCUGAUCGACGCCGAGGAGAAGAUCGAGAAACUCAUCUCCCAGAAGGCCGAGUACGAGUCCCAGAUCAAGGAGAUGGAGGAAAGGCUGUUGGACGAGGAGGACGCUGCCGCUGAGCUGGAGGAGAAGAGGAAGAAGAUGGACGCUGAGAACAAGGCUCUUAAGGAGGACAUCGAGGAUCUUGAGAACUCUUUGGCCAAGGCUGAACAAGAGAAGCAGACCAAGGACAACCAGAUCAAGACACUCCAAGACGAGAUGGCCGCUCAAGACGAGGCUCUCAACAAGGUCAACAAGGAGAAGAAAAAUCUGGAGGAGCAGCACAAGAAGACCAUGGAGGACCUCCAGGCUGAGGAGGACAAGGUCAACCACCUCAACAAACUCAAGACUAAACUCGAGCAGACCCUUGACGAGCUUGAAGACAAUCUUGAACGCGAGAAGAAAGUCCGCGGUGAUGUUGAGAAGGCCAAACGUAAGCUUGAGCAGGACCUCAAGAGCACCCAGGAAACUGUUGAGGACCUCGAGAAGGCCAAGAGAGAACUUGAGGAAAAUGUCAGAAGGAAGGACAUGGAAAUCAACGGUCUCAACUCCAAACUCGAAGACGAACAGAACUUGGUUGCUCAACUCCAGAGGAAGAUCAAAGAACUCCAGGCUCGCAUUGAAGAACUUGAAGAAGAGCUGGAAGCUGAACGUCAAGCAAGAGCCAAGACUGAGAAACAGAGAUCCGAACUGUCCCGAGAGUUGGAAGAGUUGGGUGAGCGUCUUGACGAGGCUGGUGGAGCUACUGCUGCCCAGGUCGAGCUCAACAAGAAACGUGAACAAGAGCUGCUCAAGCUCCGCCGUGACCUCGAGGAGUCCGCCCUCCAGCACGAGGCAUCCAUCUCCGCCCUCCGCAAGAAGCAACAGGAUGCUGCCAACGAGAUGGCUGACCAGAUCGACCAACUCCAGAAAGUCAAGAGCAAGAUUGAGAAAGAAAAAUCCCAAUUGAAAUCUGAAGUCGAUGACCUCCACGCACAAAUUGAGCAUGGAAGCAAAAACAAGGGUAUGUCCGAGAAGAUGACCAAGCAGGUUGAGGCUCAAAUCUCUGAGCUGAACAGCAAACUGGACAACGCCAACCGCCAGAUCCAGGAGCUCCAGGGCCAGAAGAACCGUGCAGCCCAGGAGAACGCCGACCUGACCAGACAGUUGGAGGAGGCCGAGCACCGUGUUGGUGCCCUCACCAAGGAGAAGAACUCCCUCGCCACCCAGCUCGAGGAGGCUAAGAGAUUGUUGGAAGACGAGACCCGCGCCCGCCAGAAACUCGCCUCCGAGCUCCGCAACCUUCAGGCUGAUCUCGAUGCCCUCCGUGAACAACUUGAGGAGGAACAGGAAGGCAGAGCCGACCUCCAGAGACAGCUCAGCAAGGCCAACACCGAGGCUCAGUUGUGGAGAUCCAAGUUCGAAUCCGAAGGCACACAGAAGGCCGAGGAGCUUGAAGAAUCCAAACGCAAACUCCAAGCUAAACUCAACGAUGCCGAGCAAGCCGCUGAAGCCGCCAACCUCAAGGUCGUUGCCCUUGAGAAAGCCAAGAGCAGACUCCAGGGUGAACUUGAAGAUCUGAUGAUUGACGUUGAGAGAUCUAACGCCAACGCCAACAACCUCGAGAAGAAACAACGCGGUUUCGACAAAACAAUUUCCGAAUGGCAAGCCAAGGCCAACGACCUCCAGGCUGAACUCGAGAACGCCCAGAAGGAAGCCAGAGGAUACUCUGCUGAACUCUUCAGAACCAAGGCCCAGAUUGAAGAGGCCCACGACCAGGUGGAGGCUCUUCGCCGUGAGAACAAGAACUUGGCUGAUGAGAUCCACGACCUGACCGACCAGUUGGGAGAGGGAGGCAGAAGCACACACGAGCUUGAGAAGUCACGCAAACGUCUUGAGCUUGAGAAGGAAGAGCUCCAGGCCGCCUUGGAGGAAGCCGAAUCCGCCCUUGAGCAGGAGGAAGCCAAGGUCAUGCGUGCACAGCUUGAGAUCUCCUCAGUCAGAGCCGACAUUGACCGCCGCAUCCAGGACAAAGAAGAAGAGUUUGAGAACACUCGUCGCAACCACCAGCGUGCAAUGGAUUCCAUGCAAGCCAGUCUUGAGGCUGAAGCUAAGGGUAAAGCUGAGGCUCUCCGCAUCAAGAAGAAACUUGAGCAGGACAUCAACGAGCUUGAGGUCGCCCUUGAUCAGGCCAACAGAGGAAAAGCCGAAUUCGAGAAGAACGUCAAAAAAUACCAACAGACAAUCAAGGAGAUGCAGAGCCAGAUUGAAGACGAACAGAGACAGAGAGAGGAGGCCCGUGAGGCAUACAACUUGGCCGAGCGCCGCUGCACCCUUCUCACAGGAGAAAUUGAAGAGCUUAGAAGCGCCCUUGAGCAGGCUGAGAGAGCCCGCAAGGGAGCUGAGAAUGAGCUUAACGAUGCCAACGACCGUGUCAACGAAUUAUCCGCACAGAACAGCUCCAUCCAAGGCCAGAAGAGAAAGUUGGAGGGAGACGUCCAGGCUAUGCAGACCGAUCUGGAUGAGAUGAGCAACGAACUCCGAUCAUCUGAGGAACGCUCCAAGAAAGCCAUGGCUGACGCCGCCAGACUCGCCGACGAGCUCCGCCAAGAGCAGGAACACAGCCUGCAGGUCGAGAAGUUGAGGAAGGGCUUGGAGGCCAACCUCAAGGACAUUCAAGUACGUCUUGACGAGGCUGAGGCUCAAGCACUCAAGGGAGGCAAGAAGAUGAUCCAGAAACUCGAACAGAGAGUCAGAGAACUCGAGACCGAGUUGGACAACGAACAACGCAGACACGCCGAGACACAGAAGAACAUGCGCAAGGCAGACCGCCGUCUUAAGGAGCUCGCCUUCCAGUCAGACGAGGACCGCAAGAACCAGGAGCGUCUCCAGGAUCUGGUGGACAAACUCCAGAACAAGAUCAAGACCUACAAGCGCCAAGUCGAGGAGGCUGAGGAGAUUGCUGCCAUUAACUUGGCUAAAUACCGCAAGGUACAAAACGAAUUGGAAGAUGCCGAGGAGCGUGCCGACUCUGCUGAGGGCUCAUUGUCCAAACUGAGGGCCAAGAACAGGAGCUCCGUGUCCGUCUCACGCACCAGCGCGUCCCCAGGGUUCCCCGGCCCCAGUUCCGCCACCCGAGGGCUCAGCACGGACAGAUCAGGCCGCGCCCCCUCCCAAUCCUAAGUCCGGAUGUUAUCAAAUCUUAGCUUUAAACAAAUUACUUGCGAGUCUCCAACUUUCUAACACCAUCACAACAUCCAAACAAGGAACAUCAUCUAGUGAGGCAAACAUCUGCACCUCGGUCAUGUCCGAUGACGACAUGACAUCAUCAUCUGCAUGACGUCACCGCGCAUCAUCGGACACGUCACGACGAUGAUUCUAAAACUGAACCUCGAUUUGAUAUUUUAUAUGUUUACAAAGAUGUCAGCGGAAAUGAAAUGUGACGUAUAUUUAAUGAGCGAAAGUCAAUUUUUGUGAUGUUAAUUUUUCUAUACUAGAUUGCAACAUCAUUGUUUUAUGGGUGUGGUGUGGUAGAGAAUACGUAUUAAUUUAUUUUUCUUAUAUUUUUUUCUGUACAAAGUCCUUUUUAUAUCCACUGAUCUAUGUCAACGAAAAAGAUAAAUAAACUUAUAUAGGUCAGAAACUAUUUUUAACUUUGUAUGCAUUCACGCAUGUCUGUAUUUCUCAUUCAUCGUAGCCUCGAUAUAGUCUUCCCAUGUUAGAAUGGACAACCUUCCGGUUCGCUUAUGCUAUAUAUAGACAUCGGGUAUUCCCCGAAAGCCGGCUACCCUAGUCUUCUCAAUGAGAGAAAUAGUGUAUAAAUGUAUAUGCUUACACGUACUAUGUAUAUUUCAACUCGCUUCAUACGUGUUGAUCAGAAGCUGUGUUGUAAAUCAACACGAAAAAAAACAACGAUGACAAUACAAUAAUAUAUAGUGUGCUGGCUAAAUUAGAUUUUAUUUAUUUUAAAUUAUUUAUAUAUAAAUAUAUACAAAAAGCUUCGAAUCAACAAGGUUAGAAGUGAGUUCUCAUACAGGGCGAAUUUCGGAUUGGUUUGUUUCUUUUUAGCGUUUCAUCCGUGUAUGAUAAAACAGGCUGUCCCUCUGUCUUCCCGUUGAUGAGUCACCAUUUAUUUUUGACCUGUCAUUGUAAAGGUAUCAAGAAUUGUAUGUUGGUUAAAUAAACAACAGUACGAACAUC